ACUGCGUCGGUCGUUUGGCGAAUCGGGGAGCCCCCUCCUUCGCGAGGCUGUGGCAGCGCCGGGAAUUUGAAUUUGUGUUCUCAGAAUCUUGUGGUAGUUUCGUGAAUUUUACAACCGUGUAAGUUCUGUGACUUUUUAUUUAAGCGUCGCGAGUGGGGAGGGGAUUUUUGGCCUGUUUUCCCACCCCAACUGAGUGUAGCUGGUAGAAGACGAUGUACGUGCGCCUGUAGCGAGAGGACGUUAAGGUUACGCAGAUGACACGAUUGGUGUGACAUCUAGGACCAGUUAGUCAAUGAUCGCCGACCGCGUGUGACUCGGGAGGCAGGUUCGUCCGCACGCAAGCCGCAGCAGCCCGGCGCCCCCCCUCCUCCAGGAUGGCGGCCUUCGUGGCGAAGCAGAUGGUCGGCAACAAGCUGAACGCCGUCAAAGGCGCAGUGGGAGGUGACGAUGACGGAGACGACAAGGAGAAGGAGGAAGAAGCGGAGCGAGAGAGGCAAGAGGCCAUACGGGAAGCGGAGGAGAGGCGGAAAGAAAAGCACCGCAAGAUGGAAGAGGAACGAGAGAAGAUGCGGCAAGAGAUCAGGGACAAGUACAACAUAAAGAAGCGAGAGGAGCUGCCCGCGGCGAUGGCCCAGGAGGAGCCGAACCCGCUCAUGCGGAAGAAGAAGACCCCGGAGGAGCUGGCGCGCGAGGCGGAAGCCGAGGAAGAGGACGAGUUAACGAAGUUGAAAAACUCUAUAGAAACGCAAGUGAACGAAAUCAAGGCCCAGAUUGAGAGUAAAUGUGUUCUUCAGUGAAUAUCUGGUAAUUGCUGGCAACCCUGUUGGUAGACGAAAACAACAAUAGGCUACAGACUAAACCCUGUGUUUAACAGGGCUCCCGAAAAAAAAAAUUAAUCAUUUUCAUUGUUUUGUAAAUUUUUGUUGAUUAACAAGAGACUGCGAUACUGGUAGUGACCAACUACAAUAAAUAGUGUAUGCAAAUUAUAAAUGAAAAAUGUAAAUUAAUUAAAUAUUCUAGCAUAUUAACAACGCUUAUGAUGCUGGUAGUUAUGUAGUGCUAUGAGAGAAACAAAAUGUAGACCACGAAUAAUUACGUUGCUGAUAAUGAAGAAGUUAGAUGGAGCAGGUGAGAAAGAAGAAGAAAAUCUGAUUUAGGUUUAUCCUCGUAUAUCAAUGAUAUUAUUUGAAGAUUAUCACUAAACUGUUUUUACUGUUAAGUUUCUGAUUGUUAAAUGUAAUUAUUGCUUUGCUUAUAAGACUGCAUAACACUAAUUUACAACAUAUUUUAUUUUGGAGGUUGCUUAUACGUAGCGAAUUUCAGCACAUAAACAUGGUGUAGAUAUAUGUCACAGUUAUUAUUUGUCGGAUGAAGAGAGGAAAGUGUGAAGAGACCUAUUUUAUGAUGACAUGAAAGAUUGGUGUCAGGUCAAAACAAGAUUUAAGACUUCAGAAUGGUUGUUGAUUCCACAGCUGUGGAAAAGCUCUUGUAUACUAACAAAUGGCGCGGUAACAUAGCAUAGCCUUGGCACUGCUGCCAAUUGCCGGCAAAUGUUCUGGAAGCAAAAGUAAAUACAUAAUUAUAAAACAUGUGUGUUUAGCUAGUGAAUUUCUGUUGUAUAUACUUUCCACUGCCCAAAAUAUUUGUUUUAUUGUUAGAUGUUGAUUUUUUACCUUCCCAAAAAAAAAUGUUGUUAGUAGACGCAAGUCGAAUUAAACUUUUGUAAAAUGAUGCUCUUUGUAGAUAAACCCCCGCCGAAUAACAAAGUGUUGAAAAUGAAUUAACUAGGAAUAAAACGGUAGCAUAGUGAAAAUUUCUUUGUCACCAUGGUGUUGGUUAUCAUCCAAAUUCCUUCACACUCUCUUCGUUUCCUGAGACUUGUUGCCAUGCCUGCGUAUCUCCUCGAUAUCUCGAUGUGAUUCUAACCUUUCAGUCAUUUUUUUCCAAUACGCUGCUUCAACUUUCUCUGUGUUGUCAACCGUUCAGAGAGAGUUGAGAUCAUGGAUGUUAGUUGUAGGAUAAGGUGGCGCUCUCGUGCUAAAUGGGUGUUUUUCGUCUCAAAUAGCUUCCGCAGUUUUGAAGUGAUGAACAACUAAUCAAUGAAUAAUUUGACGCAUGUUCAAGCUACGUGAUUUCUGUGACACCCAAUGUGUAAGAGAGUGCCAACCUGACAAAUUUUGUGUAAUUUCUUCUUCCUUUUCCUCUGAACUCCUGUUUGUUCUGUCCAACUUGUUAUUGGCUGUCGUGUGCGCUGUUUCCAAGCCAUUAUUUCAAUGUAUUUAUUGUUGUUUAUUGCAAACUGGUAUAGUGCUUGUCUCUUGUUGUCAAACAUGCCGUUUACUUGCGUUUUCCUUCAUACUGUUUUCAGAAAACUUCUUCAUACUGUUCACGACACUCAGAGAGAGUUUGUGUAGUUAUGAAGGAAUAAUUUCAAUAUUUUCCACUAAUUCAGAAAUUUUGUCACUGUUUGAGGUAUUUGUUAAUUUUUUCUUUGUAUACAAAUAAUACUUUUUUUUCAAACAGAAAUGUGUUGCUUAUCAUGUUAAGGUAUAGUUAAUGUAUAUUCUAUUAACGUAUAUUGAAACAUUAUUUGACAGUGCAGGGGAGAGUUUUAUAUAAAUGGUUUUAAGUGUGUAAUUUGAUCCAACAAUGUCAAUUGCUGCAACUGGAAAGAAAUAUUUUUAGCAAACUCUCCUCUUUGUUGAUAUAAAUAGUCAUUCAAAAAGUACCGUGUAAAUUUUUAUUCUGAAAAUGAUGGUAGUCACAUUUUGUAUUUUUAUGCUUUAUGAAGAAGAUUUUAAGAACAGAUAUCAUUAGGGUACGAGAUAUCGGCCAGUAUUUCGUAGAAAUAAAUUGACACAUAUGUAUUUUUAUAAUAUUUUAAUUUUAACUGUUGCUAAUUCGAAUCUUCACUCAGUUUUAAUUCAACCUUCAGUGAAUAUUUUUCAAGCACUGAUGAAGAAUUUAGCAAUAUUGUUUACUUCUCGACAAAUUAAAUUACUUUCACUAUUCCGUCAGCUAUUAACAAUUGCUUAUGUGUAUAUGUAUGUCCCAGCAUUAUUGUAACAUAAUAUUAUACAGUCUAACAAAUCACGUACCUUAUAUCACCAUUAAAUGUGAAUUGCAGUAAUUAAGCUAUUUGGAGUUAUUUGAGAAAAAUGAAACCGAUUCGAAGAUAUUCUUAGGAGUCUAGGGUAUGAAUUAAUCAUCACCAGUAUUAAUACCUGUAAUGACAUGAGUAGAAAAAAUUAAACGUUGAUUUAUUAAAUUAAUAUUAUUAUAAACAGUUAUGUAUGAAUCCUGCAUAUAUUCAAUUUAUUGUGUGUAUAAUAGUUAUAGUAUGUUGAAUAUAAUUAUAGAGUAUAUUUUACGCAUUGUUGAGUUUUGUGCAAAAGUUUUAAUUCAUGGCUGUUGUGAUACACUACUAGUUGUAAAAUCAUUGACAUUAUCUUUUCACAGUAUACCUAAUUAUCUAUCUACACAUAUAUUUGCCUGAGCUAUAUGUUAAUUCCUUGCUAGCUAUUAGAUUGUAGCUGUUAGAUAUCAGUGUAGCAAAUAAAUAUCUUGGAAUUUGGGUGAAAUCGAUUUGACCAUGGCCCAUGUUUUAAGACCACGAGGAUGCUAGACCACUGUUGAUCACCUUGUCGUAAUUGCAUAAGUGUCUUUCUUGUAAUCAUUUUCAUAGUUUAUGUAAGAAAAUUGUAUACAUGCAUUUUAGAAUGUUUACACAACAUAGUUAAUCAUGGUAAUUUUUUGAAUUGUACUCUUCUGUAGGAAACUUUUUUGGGUUCUUUACAGGGCGUGUUAAAUGACUUGUCUUUAAGGGGUUUUCUUUGUAGCUGUAAUUCAUGAUGUACUGGUAAAUUCAGUCUGUGAUCUUAUGUGUUUUGUCUACAUCAUCUAAACUAUUCUCUGGCACACAAUUUUUCGUACUGAAAGUAGUUGUCAUUCGUGGUAUUUAUAUCCAGUUGUCACUUCAGUGUCUUAGAGUGGGGCAGCAAUAGCCGACGAACACUGUGAACUAUCUCACUUUAACGUUGUUUCAAGGUUCGAAAGAGACACUUAAAUAGAAAUACUGGUCAUAUAGAAGUCAUCUCACUAACUGUGACUCACAAAGGUUCUUAUUUUACCAGGGCUUGUCAUAUCACAGAAAUUAUAUCACUGUAGGAAUGAAAUAUGAAUGUGCCACGUUCUCUUUUUUAGGAAAAAAAAUUCUUUUAAAAUGUAAAUUUGAGAUAAAUGUUUUUUUUAUAUUUGUACAUAUAUUUAGGAAUUGAUUGUUUGUUAUGGUUUUUGAUGUUCGAAGACACUGUAAAUAUUUUUUUAAUUGUUGUGUGGUGUUUUUACCUAUUACUGGGUAAUUUUUCUAAGUAAAUAGUCCCGACACACCUACAGCGAAUUGUGGCUGUAUUGUUAACUAGUUAGUGACUGUGACACUAUGAAGUAUAGGCACUGCUAAUGUUAGCUUAUAAACACAAACUCCUGUUGAUAACAUGUGCAUUGUUAACUUAGGACAUUUAAAGGCAUUUAGAAUGCCUUGAAUCGGCUGUUAAUAUUCUCUGUGGUCUAUCUUCUCUGGUCUCGUGGUGUCUUAUACAAAGGUUCAUUAUAUUCUGGUUAAGUGGAUGAGUUCUGUGAGCUUUACGUGCACCUUUAGAAAGUAAUUUGCCACAUUUUUAUGUUAUAAAUUUUUGCAACAAUAUUUUUUUUGUUUUAUAAUUUUUUGAAUUAAUUACAAGAAAUUUUUGAAGAGCUCUUCAUAAAAUUCAGUAAACAAUGCCAAUACUUAAAUCUGAUUAUUUAAUUUUGAUUUAAAACGUAUUAAAUUAAUAUUAAUUUUUAAUUACUAUGUUUAUGAAACCUUUUAAUCUUUCAGUUUUUUCCUUAAUCCAUUUAUGUCUGGCCACCGUAAGCAACGCGAAUCGAACAGAAUCCGCUUCUUUUAUGGCCAGGAUAAACUGAACCUUUCCAAUACUGUAUGGAGAGGGGACUCCAUCAUUAACGCCCAAGACACAUUUCAAAGCGGAGGUGAUUAAGCAGAUCGCAAGCCAGAUGCUCGUUAAAUUGAAUAUAAUUGUACAACAUUAAUGCAUUUUUGUAAUGUACUUGUACAUUAGCAUAAUAUCUUAUUGAAUAGCUGGAACUAUAUUGUAUUUGUGUAGCUCUAAGGUUGUGAAUUAAAUUUUGAAAUUAUAUUCAUUACUUAAAAUUACUAGAGUAUAAAUUUGAAGGUAUCCUCAAACAACCUUGAAAAUUAACCUGAAUUUCUAUCUACAAAAUUUUUUAAACCAUUUAAAGCGAUGAUUACGUUAGUUAUAUAAAAUCUGUUGUUUAACAUCUUUGCCCUCCAAAUUAUCUAACUUUCAUAAAAAUGUUGGUGUAUGCAGAAAUAAGGUCCCUUGGCCUGAAUAAACGUUUAAACAUUGAAUUAAUUGACAUAUUAUCAUUUACUUUAUUAAAUCUUUAAUAUGUCUCAUAAUAACACUUGAAUUUCUUUGUUUAACUGCAGCAGCACGUAGUUGAAAGUGUCGGCUUCAAUGAUGGAGGUCUGUCCAGCCUUAACAGGUCGAUGAAGCAUCGUCCGUGUGUUCCAAAAAAAUAUGUAUUGAGGUAGACUGAGAAAAUGAAUUAUAUGAUGUUUUAAAAAUAAAAUAAUCAUGAAACUUAACCAAACCCUUUCCUUUUGAUAACCUUCUCCGCCACACUUCGUGUGGAAAAAUUGUGAUAGAUCGUACCUUUUGGUGUCCUUUUUGUGAAACCUUUUUGCCUAAAGUUCUGUAUUGAAAUAAAAAAAUUCACAGAAAUAAGCGGUUUGUAAAUACAAGUAUAUUAUUUAAAAUAUAUCCGUUCGGUACAACAGUUUGUUGUGUUUCAUAGAAUAAUACGAGAGUAAAAUUAGUACCCUACUGUAGAUUUUGAUGUUAACUUUUUUUAACCGUAGUCGUUAGUUAGUGCCUCGUUCAUUGUUAUUUUAACAGAAACUUUUUCUUGUUUUAUUCUUUGUGGAGAAAAUCAGAAUUCAUGUGGAGUAAAUGUGUUCUCAUUUUGUAUAAUUGGGUCAUGUUCAUCGACAGAAGUAAAAUAUAAUUACUAAUACCUA